AAUCUAAUGUAUUUAUUGAUUUUCAGGAAUACAUGCCCUGAAAGUAGUCGGGCGAGUUGGAGUGGGCGGGUCAACGGCAGAUCACGUGAUGAACGAAGGCCAAUCAGGAGCUGUGCCAGGUUACCUCCCCUCCAAUAACCAUGCUCCCAACGAUGACGUCACGAAAUUUAAUGCGGAGGUCAUUGGCCGCGACAACCUCUCUGCGAGUGUGAUCAGCCAGGCCACCGACCUCGAGUUCGAGCAUGACACUGCCGACUACCAGUGGCUGCUCGACUAUGACCUGCCGUGCGCUAGGUACCGGGAAAGUUACAGCCGAGAGGUUGGCUCGCCAUCUCUCUCAUCUGGUCGGGACGGAUCAGGUCGGGUGUCGGUGCUGGAACCAAGCCAGGGCCAGUUGCAAGACCUGUCAUAUGAGACAUUGGCCAGAAACUUGGAUGCCAACCUCGCUGAAAUUGACAUGGAUGACUUCCACAGUGAAGACAUCCACAACAUCCUCACACUGCCAACCAUGUGUGGGGAGUUCCAGAGUGCUGAAGAUGGAGAGAUGUUUGCCAGUGUUUCUGGUUCCAUGAUGAAUAAGUAUGAGCUUGACUCUUCUGUCAGCCCACGUUCUUCUUCUCAUUGUGGUCACGAAGGGGAUGAGGAGGAGGAUGAGGAGGAGGAAGAGGAUGAAGAUGAUGAGGUUGAUGAGGAUGGCAGAAGGGAAGAGGAGGGAGAAAUAGAGGAGGAGGAAUACAGUGGUGUAAGUGGGGAGUUGUCAUUGUACCAGUCUGGGCCACUGUUCUCUCCAUUGAAAGAGCCUCCGCCCCUGGCCAACACCACAUUCAGUGUCGACUCUCUUGACUGCGACUCUCUUCACGAUGAUCUUAUUCUCACCUGCCAAGCCAACAAGGAUAACUACACUAUUGCCUUUGAGGGAUCCUUUAUUCAGUACUCUGAAGACUCUGAUUAUCAUGAAGCAGGUGAAAGUGAAUCAAGCGGGAGCAACCAUUGGUCAACAGAGAGGCUGGAGGGUCGGUGUUCUGCACCCUCCAUGACACAUUCAGACCAGCCCUACACCACCUGGUCUCGGGUCAGCCGUCGAUCAUCUCGCACACCAGAGGUGCCUUCCAAGGCCAAUAGUGCCCAGCAACAUUCAGGACAAAUAGAAGGGGCAAAGGCAUCUGAGCCAGUGCAACCAAGCAACAAGAGCAACAGUAUGCCUAAUUUGAUGCGUCGGUCACUGAUGCGGCGGUCAUUAGAAGCCUCCGGUGGAUGUGUGAAGGUGUUUGAUCUUCAAAACAGCAUGCGAUCCAGCCAAAGCAGUAGAACAAUAGCAAAUGAGACUAAUAACUUUUCAUUGGUAAAAUUGUUUAUGCGGCAAAAGAGUUUAAGUAAAGAGGCAGUUAGUUUGUCAUCCAGUAUCUCGCAAGAAGGAGCUUGCUGUUCUAGCUCUGACAACCAAUCUAAUGUUCAUGAUUCUUCUGACUGGCCAAUGAAUAGCCAGUCUGAGAAUGACAUGGAUGGAAGUGCUUCACCUGUUCCACCUCCUGCACUUAUGAGGCAAAAUGGAGUAAUUUACCAUGAGCGUGGCUUUCGCCGAAGAACUUGUUCAUUAGGCACACCCGAAAUAACUCCAAGGACCAAUAAUGCAACUAUGCAUCAAGAUUUCACCUCUCCCGACACUACCACUACUGAAACCACUACCACAACUGCCAACACUCAACAGGAUGGCCUUCUCAACAAUAACAAUAAUAUUAUUACUGCUCAUGCUGUGCUUGAUAACAAUAGCAUUCAACUUUCCAAUACUAUGGAUAAUGUAACAAGCUUUGAAGACAGUCUUAAGGAAACAAAUCCAUGCUCUAAGCCACCAGUUACUAGUCCCAUCAGAGAGGAGCCAGAGGGUAUGGAUAUAUCUAUGGAUAGUCGAGGUGAGAGUAAGGUUCUCUUGGACCAGUCUGAAAAAGAGACCAAAAUGCAUGAAGUUUUGAGGUUAAGAGAUAACAAACUCAAUAUGGAGAAAAAUAAUAUGACUCCAGUUAAAACUACUUCAAAAGAUUUGGGCAACAAAAAUAUGAACAAAAAUGCCUUCAAUAUUUGUAUUGAUGAACGCAAGAGAUCCCAGUCACCAGGGACUCCAAAGAAAGGAAGUAACAGGCGUGAAAGUUCAAAUACAACUCGAAGGCGCCAGGACUCUGGUAAUUCCUCCAGUGGUUACUUGUCAAAUAGAGGUUCUACUGAAAAAAUAAGAAGGCCUUCAGACUCUGACCAGACUAAUGCACCACAGCAGAAGCCCAGACCAAAACCUCGGGUUCUAAAGCAAAUGUCAGACCAGUGCCUUCAGACCUCAAAUUUGAAGGUUUCAGCAAUGGUUAACACUAGUUUUAAUAUUGACAAGAAAGAGGUUUAUGUUUACUACCCAAACUAUGCUUUACCAGAUUUGGGCUUUCUGAAAGAUAAGAAGUACAACAUUGAUGCUAGAGUAUUUCUUGUGCCACAGCACUAUAGCUCUCGACCUGAAGAAAUAAGAAAAGCUAAAGAAUCUCGAAUGAGACGUCCCUUUUCGUGUGGCGAUAUGGAAAAAUUGCGGAAACAUGGAUUUGGUCAUAUUCGUGAUUGGGAUUCUCUAAACUUUUUAUUGCCAAAAGAACUGAAAGAAAUGCUUCUUGAUGAAACGGAUUGCAUGGAAACAACAAAGCCUUCAUUUUGUCAGUCACCAAAGCCUUCUCGUCGCCCUGUCAGUUGCGAUUACACCCAACAAAAGUGUUCUCAUGAACUCAAAGGUUCUGCAAGUGCAAGUAGCUUAAACUCAACACAACCCUCCUCAGGCUUCCGAGGCUCUUCAACAAUGCUCAAUGACUCGGAAGGAGAGAAUGGAGGGCUCCUAGAUCAGAGGUAUGUUUACAAGUAUGAUACAGUUAGCACCGACUCAGACGGACUUGAAAAGCCACCACCAUUGCCAAAAAGAUCCAUAUCUCUUCCUGUUGAAGAAAGACAUGGCCCUGAUGAUCCAGAGACACCUCCACCUCGACCACCAUUGCCUCGUGGAAUUCUUAGGAAGUCCACAUCCUUAAAAGAUGAACUUUCAAAAGCAACAAAUAGUCAUAACAAAAGAUUUAGUGCUAUUGAUGCUGGAAGAGGUAAUAUGAGAGAAGACCUAUUGAAGAGGCGUUCCUUACAAGAACCCAUGGAGCACAUGGCUCAGCGGGUAGUUAGAGAAACCAUUCCAGAGGUAAUACAAACUUGUCCACAACAAGAACCGGAGAAAGAUGCUACCAUAAUUAAUCCACCAUCCCCAAUGGGCUGCAGCUGUGUAAAUCAGUGUACUGGUUUCUGUGGCAAAGGACUUCAAAAGAAAAAUUUACUGCGAGUCAGUGAACUACCAGAUAUCUCCAGUCAUGAGGAUUUAACAGAAGAUGAUUUGCUUCGAAUUCGAUCUCAAGUUAGCAACCUCCUUGUUAAUAGACACAUAGGUCCUCUUCUAACAGAUGGUAGCAAUACCUGUGACCUAUGUCCAAAGAAAAGUGUGAGCUUUGCAGAAAAAAUAUGCGUCCAUUUACGUAACACUCCUGAUCGCCUUGCAACUCCUCCCAAUUCUCCAGAUGCAUCACUCCUGAAGAAGGGCCAAAACCCAGAUGCCUCUACUGGAACUACUGGUGGAGAAGCCAUAACAGAAGACGAGCCCAGACCUCUGCUUUAUGAUGCCCACGACAAGAAAACACUUGUACUUUCUGUUCGGGCUGCUGUGGAAAAGCUAGUCACUCACUUCAACUCUGCUACUUCUCAACAGGAAAAAGUGCGAUUAGGUACCAGUGGUCUGACCCCUGCUGUGGCACAGUUGGCUCUUGACAAGUUGUGUCCUGCAGUGUAUGCUCUUCUUAGUGACGGCCUACACCCAUCCCUACAGUCCCUCUUCGGCAAGAUCAAUAACUCGGUGUGGCGGGUCAUUGAAGUCACCAGUCAAAUAAGUCCCUCCACAAAGGCGCUAAAUGACUUGGUGCUGACACUGAACAGUGAAGAGUGUUUAUCAGAAGGACCCAUCAAAUUCAAUGCAUUCAUAUUUGGGCUUCUUAAUAUUCGAUCUUUGGACUCUUGGAUGAGUUACCUUCGUACAAGAGAAAGUGUAAUCCAGAAGCAUUAUCAUCCUGAAGCAUUUCUCUACCUCUCUAAUACUGCCACAAAAAGUCUCUAUGAUGACUUACUCCUUUCUCUCAGACCACUUGCUCUCCUUCCAUUCAAUCUCGACCUACUCCAUGAAUAUAAAGCUCUCCAUGCAAGCCUACAAAAGAUGGAGGAACGUCUCUUCUUACAUACAAGUUCAAAAGAAAGCCCUGGUGAACGGCCUCCAUCUGUUCUAGAUCAUUUACAUUCAAAAGAAACUAAAGAGUUCAAAAAUGCAGCUCAGCAGGAUCGUGUCAAAGCUUUGAUGAGAGUACUAACAUCUCCAGAGCUUGAUGAAAAUGAGCUCUUACACUCAACAGGGGAUUUAUCUCGAGAACGAAGCCGAAGCCCAAGACCUAGAUCGUGCUAUGAGCAUGUUGCUAAUGAGGAAAUGAAUCCAACACUUAGAAAACGUUGGAGUGGUGUUCAACUUGGCUCGAGACUGCUAACAGCCAUAGAUAAACUCAUGCUGGAAGAAGCUGGAGGAACAUCCAGUGAAGAUUACACAGACUCUCUUGAUAACCCCAAAAAUAAUCGGCCUAUUCAUUCUCGUGCAAGCGAGUGUACUGAUGAUGAUUUGCAAACUGAUCUCCGUGUUAGUGAUGUCUCUAGUAGGGAUGGAGAUGUAAGCGAGAGAUCAGCAUCUGAAAAGGAUACUGAAAACGAGAAGGGUUCACGAGCAUGUGUAGAGACAGAAGUAGAUGACGAGUCUGAAGGCAUUAGGUUCCGUCGACUUCAGUUGAAAUGGGAGCAAAUGGCAGGACCUGAGAAAAAGGCGGCCAAAACACAACAGCCUCAACCUGAAAAAGCUGUAAGCCCCAGUAGUGCAAACAGGUCUAGAAUACCUCGGCCUGUUAGUAUGACAUCUCCGCAGCGUCCUUUCAAACCAUUUGAACCAUCAAAAGAAAAAACUUCUCCUCAAAUUAAACAGGCCCCAAAACAUUUUCCUGCCUCUCCUAAAGAAUUGCCCAAACCUGCUCCUAGAAGAUCGUUGAAAGACAAAGCAACCACUCCAAACUCUUUAAGUGAUGAUUAUACCAACACAACUGCAAGACAACCUUCAGUUCGUUCUCGCCUAGCACCACGUCCUAAUUCAGUCAACAGUAACAUCGUUCGUGCCUCCUCCGUGCCCGGCCGUGUGCCUAAUACUGGAGAAAAGGGCAACAAUACUAGUGGCAGGUAUGACGGGCAGCGUAGGUAUGGUGGACAACCACGGUCGGCUAGCCACGGGAGACGUGUAGCACCUGGAGAUACACCCAAAUUGGUACAGACACUCCAUCACCGCCUAGCCACUGAUAAUGGUCACCUUAGCUUCAACCGUGGAGAUAUUCUGACAGUUGUGGUAGAAGUUGAUGAUCGUUACCUGCUCUGUUGCCACAAUGAUCGCAAGGGACUUGUACCUAGGGCUGCAGUCAUCAUUCAUGAACAAUGAAAACAUUGGGCAUGACUUGAGGAAACAGACGCACCUGAAGAUAUACAGGAGAAAACAGACCAGGCCUCUUUACUAUUCUGGGUGCUGUGGUACUCGAAAUUUAUUAACGAAUAGCUUUAUUGUAAAGUGAUUUCAGAAGAAUUCUUUGAGAAGUAUUCCCAGUGAUUUAGGAGAACAUUAUUUAAACAAAACAUGCCUAAAAGAAUAUGCAGUGUUGCAUAUCUAACCCCAUUAUCCAUUCCAAUAUAAAAGGUCAAUCACUGAGCUCAAAGGUGUAAUAUUUUUCGAGGAAGUAGCAAAUGACAAAAGGACAUUUGAGAGCAAUGCCAGUACCUAUAGCUUGUAAGACCUUUUAUAUGCUACUCACAAAACCUGCAACAAAACACUUUCAAGGAACUUGUACAUGAUUUUGAGUAGUAUUAUCCACCUUAUGCACAUAAUCCUUCCUGUCAUUUUCUCAUUGACGAAAAUUUUGUUACUUUUAAGAAUUCUUCAUUAUCGAUUGAUGGUCGAUACCCCAUAAAUGAACCAGUGACAAUUCCUUUUUCAUGUAAGUCUUGCCAAUCGUUAUUUCUCUCCCCAGCUCAUACUAUUGGCUAUCUCAACCCUCUCAAAAGGCAAACAUGGGAGCAAGUUAUAACUCUUCCUAUUUGAAGGUCGGCAGACAAUAACACUGGGUCACAGGGAUGUAAUGUCUUGUCAUUCUAAUGGAAGAUGCAGUUUUGAACAAGAAAGAAUCCUAAGAUCAUCAAGUUCUUACAGUCUCGAAUUUUACCAAUUGCACCUUAACAUGUCAUCUGCAAGGUUGGGUAGCUGGCACUGAUGCCAAGAACUGUGUAGGCACUAACUAAAAACCUUAAAAUUUCAUAUCGACACAUUACCUCAAUGCAUAAAACUGUAGCAGUCUUGCAACUAAGCACAUUUAACUCUAUAUAACAGAUGAACUGUUAUAUUGAUAAUUAUCUUAUCCCAAGAAAACCAGAUUUUUAUUCUCGUGUUCUGGUAUUCUCAUGCAGUCCUGUCCAGAUAGUAUUGUUCAUGGUAAAGUCAUCAUGAUUAUUGUUAGCUUAAUAUAUGCACCUGAUACUGUGCACUCUGGCAAUGUCAUCAACUUUGUAAUAUUUGAGUAAUUGAUUGUAGAGUAAUUGAGAGGACCACUGUUAUUACUAGUGUCUUGUCUAGUAGCAGGUUGUUUGAGACUAGUGGAAGCCUCAUGUUCCUAGCUCAUGAAGACAGAAUAAGUAGACUGUAUGUAGACAAGUGUACAUGAUAAGUGGAGUGUGUACACAAGGAUGACGAGCUAGAGUGGACGGCAGCACUUCAGCACCACUACCCUCAGUGUCCUGGUUAUGUAGCAGCGUCAGCGGCUGUUGGCUCUGACGGGUUUUUGUUGAGAGACUGGCUAAUCCCGCACCCUUAUGCACUACUUUCAUCUCUUACAUAUAUAUUUGGAAUUACCCACAAGGAAUUUGUGUUAAUACACCACAUUUUAUUUAAAAGUAGAGAUUCACUUACAUCAUUACAUUACAUUAGUUAAGCAUGCUUUCAGCUACAAUAAAAAUUGUCAGUAAAUUUCUAAUUGAUAUUAGUAAAUUGAUUUUAUUAUUGAAUAGCAUAUUAUGUGGCAUUAAAACUUUUAUAUAUAAUUAUAUAUAAAUAUAGUAGGCACAUUACAGACUGUUUAAUAAUAGUGAUAUCUAUGGGUUUGGAGAUUAUUUUUGCUAAUAUUUCAUUUUUACUCUUGUUACGUUUAUUAGAUUAGCCAGUCCCUGUGGGGUGACGCUCAAAGUAAGGCCAAGUAUACUUUGUUAUACUAUUAGGAACUUACUAACUGUCCCUCUGACUAAAUUUUGUUUCCUCAUCCUCUCCUGCAUGUUCCAUGGAUUGUCUUAAGUGUUCCUCACAAUCAUUUUUGAAUAGAUUUUUUAUAUACUUCCUCUUUUUACUUUGUUAGGAUUUUUUUUAUGUCUUCAGGAACACAAUAGGCAGCCCAUAUUAUUUGAUUUAGUUCUUCAUGGUUACUUAGUUUGAAUCUGCCUCAAGAAUGGAAUGACUCCGCUGUUGCAGCUUUAAUCAAACACACCUAAUGCAUAUGACACAGGAUUUAAGGCUGUAGAAACUUGGUAGAAGACUAAAAGGUCUCAAUAAUCAAGCUCAAUACGCGUAUGAAUACAAAAAUGUUGUUCAACUGUGGUUGGCCAAACUGAAUGACAAAGCAUUGUGCCUGAAAAUAAAUUUUUGUAAUGAUUCCAUAUGUCGCUGUUUGCUACAGCAAUGCCAGCUGUCCAUCUCUUCCUAGUACUAGACCUUUGACCUUGUAGAUGUGAGCUUAGACUCCCUGUGUUAUAGAAGUUCCUGUGUAGAAAACUUGAUUUGGUUGCAGUCAAAGUUGCCUAAGUCUACCUUACGUUUUACAUACCUGUAGGUCGCGUUCCAGAGUAGGAAGUAAGUCUGUGUUUCUCCUUGUGAUGUAUAGAUACGGAGUCAAAAGAUGUAAUUAUCGUGUAAUGAAAAAUUGAUUUACGUAUGCUUCGUGUAAUCUAUAAGUGCAUUGUUUCUGUACAUUUUGAUAGCUUUGUUACUUAUUUUGUUGCUAUUUGCCCUAUAUAUUUAGGGUUAAAAUCAAGUCAAAUAAGAACAUUUAUUAUUAAGUAUAAUGGAGGGUGCCUAAGUCUUAUUUCUCUAUAUUUUCGUAUGACCAAAGAUAUACACAAAACCACUUAACCUUUGUACAUUUUAUGUAGAAUGUAAAAAUUGGUUUGUAGAUAUUACCCAAAAAUAUACUUUUGGUUAUUGCUUUAAUGUAACAUAUUAAGUUGUAAUGCUAUUGCUGAUAUAUGGUAGAUAAUAUUAUUUUCUUGCCAGUACUCAUCGGACAGUCAUGACAGAAAUUUUAAGGUGUGAGCUUCCCUCUUCAUCUUAAAAGUGAGUAGGGAUUGAUGCUAUCAGGCCUGAAGUCCUCGGUAUAUUAACUGGUAUAAUAUGAAACUCGUAAAAUAAUUUUAAAGGAAUGGAUAAAUGGAUUUUAUUUUAUUUCUUAACUGCUGUCUGUAAAGAGGCGGAUGAUAAAUACACACAGUAAGAACUAUGUAACCAUCAUUAUCCCUUGUAAUGUAACCAUAAAAUAGUGGUCAGUAGUGUUUUUGUGAAUUGGAUUAUUCUUCAAUAAAGCAAAUUUCAUAUACAAUGUAUUAAAACCAAGAAAUUGUGCUUUAUUGAAGUCUGGUAUUAGUAGGGUCAUGGUUGCUGAUCGCUUCACAGUUAUGCAUGUCUCCUGUCUGUCUGCUGACGAAGGCAGCAUUUUGGUUUACAUAUUCACUGCUCUAUUACUAUGGUGAAUAAAUAUUGGUCAGGUAA